AUGGCCGAGAAUGCUCAACGUCCGCGUCCGCCCCCAAAUCGACGCAGAGACAAAGUCCAGCUUUCCUGCGAUCCUUGCAAACACCGAAAGCUGAGGUGCGACCGACAGCACCCAUGCGGAGCUUGCUCAAGGCGUGGCCUCACCAACGCCUGCAAUUAUGCGACGACAUCUUCUUCUGCGCCCGAUGCUCAGCGGUCCCUUGCUCCGCGACAGUCCACCAGCAUACAUGGCAGAAUCUCUGAACUGGAGAGCCUUGUCAUGAAGCUCAUAGAAGGCCAAUCACUCCCGAGUCCACCCGCACCGAAAUCGCCGAGACCAGGCUCACUAUCAUUCGUCGAUGUGUUCCCGGAUACCCAGGGACCAAAGAAAUUCUUGGAUGAUGCUGCAUCCCCAUCAGACCCUGGCACCCUAGAAUUGCGCGAGUCUGGAACCAGCUAUAUCCAGAGUGCCCAUUGGGAGGCCAUUCUUACCAAAAUCAGAGGUCUGAAGGAGGACUUGGUCACUGAUAGCAAGACUCCGCCCGGUUCACACUUGUUCUAUGGCCAGAGCCGUCAUGCAACUCGAGAUGAAAUACUGGCGGCUGUUCCUCCUCGUCCAGUUGUUGACCGCCUCAUGGCGCUUCACUUCGAUUCAUAUAUUAUCACUCCAUAUCUCAUCCAUGGAAAGAAGUUUCUCCGAGAGUACGAAACCUUCUGGAAAGAUCCGUCCGCAACUUCUAUUACUUGGAUCGGUCUCAUGUUCUCCAUGUUACAUAUUGCUACGCAGUUGCAGGUCUUCACCAUGGAAUUCACCGACAGAGGAGCCGAAUCGCUCAGGGUAGAAUAUCUUACCAUGAAGGAUGCCUUCCGGGAGAAGGCGGUUCAGUGUCUUAUUCUGGCCAGAUAUACCACGGGAGGACCAUACAUCCUGGAAACCCUCAUAACAGUUCUUACUGGAGAGUCUAUACUAUCGAAAGAUGGCGCUACCGAUAGUUGGCUUUCGAUUAGUAUGAUCCUUCAUCUUGCAAUGCGCAUGGGCUAUCACCGAGACCCAGACCACUUUCCCGGAAUAUCUGCAUUUGACGGUGAGAUGCGUAGACGCAUCUGGACUACAAUACUUCAAUUAGAUCUCGUUCUCUCCUUGGAGACGGGCCUUCCUCGAAGUGCCACAGCUACCCACAUGGACACAAAACUGCCCCGUAAUCUGCGCGACUGUGAUUUUGAAGAGGACACGGCCGAGAUGCCUCUGCCGAGGCCAGAAACAGAAUGGACACCGGUGCUCCCUCUCAUUGCAAAAGGGCGGCUGAUAUCAGCUCUAGGGUUAAUUUGCGACGUCAACACUGAUAUUAAUCCUCCCUCCUACGACGAGGUCAUCAAGGUUGACGCACUUCUUGAAGAUUUGCACAACCAUGCUAUUCCGCCCGUGCUGCGCUGGGAAACUAUGCCACACCCCAUCACGGAUAGUCCAAACCUCGUGGUACAGCGGGUAAGUGUAGAGACGACUUACUACAAAUCACGCAUACUCCUGCACCGCAGAGCUUUGACUAGCUUUCCGGUUCAACAGUCUCAAGGGCGAGACAGGGAGUCAAUGCAAAUUUGUUUAGAUUCCGCACUUAAGAUUCUAUCGUUUCAACAGAUGCUUCACGCAGAGUCUCAGCCAUUUAGUCGUUUGUCUCAGCUUAGGUGGAAGGUUACCCAUAUUUUCAACCAGGAUGUUCUCCUCGCAACGAGCGUGCUCUGUGUCUUCCUUCAAGACGUUGAUAAAUUUGAUUUGCCUGAGAGUGCAGGACAGACAACGUGGUCGCCUAGCGCUGAAGAGAUUCGACAACAACUAACGAUCUCGCACAAGAUUUGGCUUCAAAUGAGUUCGGCAUCUGCGGAAGCUUGGAAAGUAGCGAAAGCUCUGAGCAUCGUCCUUGGAAAUAUAGAAGCGUCUGCCAAGGACGGUAAUAUGCCCGUUUCUUACGACUUCCAGACGGAUUUCGAUGCCAUGCCUUCGAAUGGAUUUGACGCAACGUUCAGCAAUCAAUGUGAGAAGCACACUCGGUCAUGCCGAUUACAACUAACAAAAAGACUUAUCAGAUUUUCCUUCUGGCUUCUACUCUCCUCUCACGUUUUUCGAUAA